AUGAGCGGCGACGGCGGAGGCAUGGUGGCGCCGUUCGUGGCCAAGACAUACGCCAUGGUGGACGACCCGGCGACCGACGCCGUGGUCGCCCAGGGGCCGGCCAGCAACAGCUUCGUCGUCACCGACCCCUUCGCCCUCUCGGAGAUGCUGCUGCCCGCGCACUUCAAGCACUCCAACUUCUCCAGCUUCCGCAAGGUGGACCCGGACCCCUGGGAGCUCGCGCACGCCUCCUUCCUCCGUGGCCAGACGCACCUCCUCCCCCGCAUCGUCCGGCGGAGCGGCGGCGGCAGCAGGCGCGCGAAGGAGGACGGCGAUGAGGAGGAAGGCAUCAGCAGUACGGCGCUGGCCAUGGAGGUGGUUCGGCUGAGGAAUGAGCAGAGGGCCACCGAGGAGCGCGUGGCGGCGAUGUGGCGCCGGGUGCAGGACGCCGAGCGCCGGCCCAAGCUGAUGCUCGCCUUCCUCCUCAAGGUCGUCGGAGACCCCGACGCGCUGCACCGCCUCGUAGGAAACUUGAGUAGCGACGACGGAUUAAUCCCAGCCGAGGGCGCGGAGGCCAAGAGGCCGCGGCUGCUUCUUAAUAGGGAAGUCCAGGUGGGCGAGCAGAUGCACGUCGACGGCGAAGGGCAGUUGUACGGCAUCAGCCUGCAGAAGGCCUUCAUUCGGGAAUCCCCGGUCGACUUCACCGGGUUCUACACCGGAGGCGACGGGUUCAGCGAUGUGCCGACGGACGACCCGCCGUACGCUUUCACCGUGGACGGCAGCUACUGA